AUGAUUUUCAAACAUAUUCUUGGUGGAGGUGUACCAAUCGGAAGUGUAUUAUUAAUAAAAGAGGAUCGACAUACGGAGUAUGCUAGAUUACUACUUUCAAAAUACUUUUUGGUUCAAGGAAUAGUUGGCGUUGACAAUACCAUCGAAUUAGAAGAGAAAAUGACAAUUGCAUGGCGUUAUAAAGGAUUAAAAAUCAAGCUACCAUCUUCAAAUGUUGAAAGAAAUGCGCUUAGGAUUCAAUCGCUUCACCAUCAUGGCAAUCAAGAUCAUCUCAUUUGUCGUUUGCAGGUAGUUAUUCAAGUGCCACAUAUCGGAUUAUUCCAUGUUCAUUCUCUCAUAUCAUUAUCCACAAAAUUAUCAGUAUUGUCAAGUGGUAGUGGAAAUAAUCCAAGAUUUAAAUCUAAUGAACGACGUGUUACAAACAAGUCUGUGAAGAAGGAUGAUAUAAAUAAACUGGGUAUUGGUAGUGGAUGUGGGGCUAUCUAUACCAGGAAGAAAAUGUUGAUUCAUAUGAUUUCUAAACGACAUUUGAAUAAUUUAGUAAUGCAG